AACCGCUAGUACGUAAAAAAGAAAAAAAUAUCUAAACCGACAUAGGAAGGGCUUUUAUUCUAGGAGGACAAGAAAGUCAGGAACUCAACAAUCUCUGCUAGGACAGGUGGCGCCUUGGGUUGCUGUAGCGACAAAGAGAAAUGAGCAAAGAGUGGCAGGGUUCAGAUAUUGGGGUGAAUUUAUAGAGCACAAACUGGCCUGAUGGCUGCGUUUUUCUGAGCUAGGGAGGUAAAUGAUGGCACGGUCCCUGGUGAUGAUCCAUAUCGGAGCCAAAGUCACCCUUCAAUCUCCAUCCUGCACUUCUUUUUUUUUUUUUGCUCCAGGGAGCAAGCCUCAGAUCCACAGAGCUGCAGUAAUUUCGAUUGUCGCGAGCCCCCUUGCGCCGUACCCACACAGCACUGGGGAGCUGCCCGUGGUGCUGAUUUUUUCCCUUUGAGAGGAAACUCUGGCCACCACACCUGCAAAAGGCUCAAAGGAUACACUGGAGUGCUAGAGCCCUAAAAUCCCUGACCAGCGACAGGUGCAGCAUAACAAAGCUCUGCUAGACCCCAAACUCUAGCGACUCUGUCAGCUGCAGUUGGAGCUCUGCAGGAUCUGGAGCUGUCCUGUGAGGACUUCCCUUCACUCCCUAGUUUAUCUACAUUUCCCUAUUUCCAAAUCCUCUCAGCCUUUGGAGACUACACCUGGUGGACAUCACAAAUUGGCGCUUCCCGCACCUCCUCUGUCAUCCCCUGGGACACGCCCCUCUGGAACAGCUUCUCCAGGGGCACUGCACACUUCCGAAGUGGAGAUCACCCUGGAGCGUGGGGCCCAGGUUCCUGGCCCCACCCCCUUUCUUGCUUAUUCCUACUACACAUGCUGCUCCUCUUAAGCACAGAGUUGGGCAGUAAGCUCCGCCCCCAUCUUCCAUUGAAGGGAGAGCUGAAGUCAGGAAGAGGUGGAGGGGAGGAGCUCCCAGACCCCUCACAAGCUGCUGACCCACUGGGAACUACUGAAUCCGUUAGUAGAAGAGAGCAACCCGAGCGAGCGUCCAUUGUUGGCUGAGGACCCCUGAGGAACAGCAGGCGGUCUGCUCCCGCCUUUGAGAGCCUUUUCCCGCCAGCCAAGCCUGCUCACAGGUAGCCAUGACCUCACUGUCCACUGAGACCACUGGAGACCCCGAUUUGUCUUCUGGGCUGUUGCCAGCUAGCUCGACUCCAGCCAACCAGAGCGCAGAGGCCUCGGAGGGCAACCUGUCUGCAACGGUUCCCCGAGCUGCAGCAGUCACGCCGUUCCAGAGCCUGCAGCUGGUGCACCAGCUGAAGGGGUUGAUCGUGAUGCUGUACAGCAUCGUGGUGGUCGUGGGUCUGGUGGGCAACUGCCUGCUUGUGCUGGUGAUCGCGCGCGUGCGCCGGCUGCACAACGUGACCAACUUCCUCAUUGGCAACCUGGCCUUGUCCGACGUGCUCAUGUGUGCCGCCUGUGUGCCUCUCACGCUAGCUUAUGCCUUUGAACCUCGGGGCUGGGUGUUCGGUGGAGGCCUGUGUCAUCUGGUUUUCUUCCUGCAGCCGGUCACCGUCUAUGUAUCGGUGUUCACACUCACCACAAUCGCCUUGGACCGCUAUGUGGUUCUGGUGCACCCGCUACGUCGGCGCAUUUCACUGAGGCUCAGCGCCUACGCGGUGCUGGGCAUCUGGGCUCUAUCUGCAGUGCUGGCGCUGCCGGCCGCGGUGCACACCUACCAUGUGGAGCUCAAGCCCCACGACGUGAGCCUCUGCGAGGAGUUCUGGGGCUCGCAGGAGCGCCAACGCCAGAUCUACGCCUGGGGGCUGCUUCUGGGCACCUAUUUGCUCCCCCUGCUGGCCAUCCUCCUGUCUUACGUACGGGUGUCAGUGAAGCUGAGGAACCGCGUGGUGCCUGGCAGCGUGACCCAGAGUCAAGCUGACUGGGACCGAGCGCGUCGCCGCCGCACUUUCUGUCUGCUGGUGGUGGUGGUGGUAGUGUUCGCGGUCUGCUGGCUGCCGCUGCACAUUUUCAACCUAUUGCGAGACCUGGACCCGCGUGCCAUCGACCCCUACGCCUUCGGGCUGGUGCAGCUACUCUGCCACUGGCUUGCUAUGAGCUCCGCCUGCUACAACCCCUUCAUCUAUGCAUGGCUGCACGACAGCUUUCGAGAGGAGCUGCGCAAGAUGCUGCUGUCCUGGCCCCGCAAGAUUGUGCCUCAUGGCCAGAACAUGACUGUCAGCGUGGUCAUCUGAUGUCGCUCUGCCAGGUCCGAGCUGGGGAAAUUCAUAUCCCUUAGCCCCAGAGGUCGUCGUGAGAUCUUAUUCCCAGCACCAAAGUUAAGCCAACACAUGCGAAUUCCCACCCAGCCCUUUUGAUUUGUCUGGUUUUUGUGUUUCUGUGAAAUGUUAGGUGGGCUUUGGAGCAGAAGAGCCUGGGGAGAGAGAGAGAAGCAGAUUUAUCAGGUCUACCCCUGAAAGCAAAACAGCUAUUUUUCUGGGUUCAGAAAAAUAAAUCAGUAGCAGGUCUUUCUUUCUCUCUUUCUUUCUUUCUUUCUUUCUUUCUUUCUUUCUUUCUUUCUUUCUUUCUUUCUUUCUUUUUUUCUUUGCGUACACUGUGGGUGGAAUUUAAAUGUGGUGUUGGAGUUGGUGAAGAUUUUCACUUUACCUUUUUAAAAGGCCCCAGCUGAGAUAUAAUGACUGUUUUGUCUACCUGAGCCUUGGAUUCACUUUGAUUUCAGAUCAUACUAUGAUCCCAAAUCAAUAUCCAGGUUUUUAACAUUUCCUGAGUAAGAUCUUUAUGUUCCAAAAAGAUUUUCAUUUUAAAAUCAUUUGGAUUUAUAGAACAAAUCCAGUUUCAGGUUACAUUUCAGGAGGUGUUAUUCUUGUCUUCUUUCCAACUCCUCAGCUACCAUAUUGAAAGGAUAAAGGAAGCAGGUCAGUAAGUAGACAGCUCACCUAGCCCUGGGUUCAAGUCUUGCACAACAGGGUGUGCAUGUCUGUGAGCCCAUGACCCAAGAAAUGGAGGAAAAGGGAUCAGUUCAUGAUCAUCCUGGGCUACAUAGGGAAUCUGAGACCAGCCUGGGCUACAUGAGAGGAAUCAAUCACUAUAGAGACAGGCAAAUGGGAAGAUGUGGUUCUCUUAAGGACACAUGUACCUGUCCAUGAGGACAGACAUCAUAUGUGUGUGUGCACACACACACAAGCAGUGUUUACCACCAGAAAGAAAUGCUCAGUGUAAACUGUGUGCCAUAGCAUUCUCCUGCAUCCUCUAAUUGCUGAAUUUCAACAGAUCAACAGCUGCCAUCUGACUGCUCAGCACCUGCUCCCUGGAGAUUCUUGCAACAUAUCAGCCUAGAAGCCAGGGCUGGAACGGAUUACUUAAGGAUAGCACAGAAAAAUUAACUUCCAUCCACAAGAUGGACAGUUCAAAUGCUAACCACUUUCAGGGCUUCAAGAACAGGGAAGGCUCUUGGGUGUGAGCCUGGGUUGAUGAUCAGCACAUUAACCUUUUCAGAAUUCUGUUAAUGAGGAACGUACUUGGGGCCUCAGUUUCCAAGAGCCUCAAUAAUGGAUGCUGAAACAGCUACUGGUUUGCUGAGAGAAGGAACUUUGGAAAAAGAUACAUA